AUGACCUUUCCCAGAGAAGCUGACGAUGAAAGUGAAUUCCCCUCCCUCUCUGGCAAUUCACAGCCGCAAUUUGGAAGUACGAGCAACCCAAUAUGGCAAAGACCAACGCAACAGACUGCCGUUCAACGCCCGCCGCAACAAUCACAUGCAAACGCGGGGCAGGCACACCCCCAAGCAAAUCCACAACACCCCGCUUCCCCCUCGAAUGAGGACAUGUUCGUUGGACCAUCACACCUACAAGGGUCGCUAGAUGACUAUCGACAAGCAGGUCAGAACCAAAUGACCUCACGGCAGCCUCCGAGUCAGAGUGUUGACGAAUUUCCUCCACUAGGCAGAAACGGAACAGAGGGGCAUGACUCUGAUCAGCGAGGGGCAUUUGGCGCUUUCAACUCCCAAAACGCCUUCUCUUCGCAACAAGAUGGUACACAACCACGACAAGGUCUACCCUUAGGCUUCGGUAAUCCCACAGAUAGUACGCGGUCAUCUUCAGUAGUCGAACGAACCAUAUCCCCAUCCUCCUCAAAUCGCCCGAGCCAAAGCGCAGCCAAUAACCUCUCCACACUCCUUUCUGGCUUCAACCCCGGCCGGUCAUCCUCCGCAAACACACAGCAGCAGCCAAUUCCCGACUCCGACAAUCGAAUAUCAGACCAGAAGGUCGAAGAGAUGAGCGACAGAGAUCGAUAUGGUCUUGCAGGGCUAUUAGCAAGAAUAAACAGCGACGAUCCGAUGGUGGCAAGUAUGGCGAGGGGGCAAGAUUUGACAACGCUGGGUUUAAACCUGAAUUCUUCCGAUCCAUUAUGGCCAACCUGGAACGGUCCCUUCGCAGAUGCCAACUCACGACCGCUCCAGCCUGACUUCACCCUUCCUGAAUGCUACACCGUGACCAACGUACACCAAGUUCGAAACAAACUCCCCAGCUUCUCGGACGAAACGCUAUUUUGGAUAUUCUAUACGCAGCCGCGGGAUGUGAUCCAAGAACUUGCGGCGUCUGAGUUGACAAACCGUAACUGGCGCUUCCACAAAUCCAUCCAGAUGUGGUUGACGAAAGACAUCACGCUCCCAGAACCGCAGCGGCUGACAGAGGACCGCGAGAGCGGUAGCUACGUCUUCUUCAACCAUCUGCGGUGGGAGAAAGUUAGGAGAACAGAUUUCAUGCUCGAAUACCACGAAUUAGCGCCCACGUCAGGGCGGAUGAAUGGGGGUGGCUGA